AUGUCUUCUCUCUCAGUAUGUUUUGCUACGCGGACCAACUUCACCGACGCACAAGACAAACGAAUUGUAGCGCUUACACUCGAGUAUGAAUCCCAACACAAGCGAGUAGCGUGGAAGGAAGUGGCGCGGGCCAUGAGGGGUAAACAUUCUGUCCAAGCGCUUCAGAACCGGCUGCGUGCUCUGAAGCGCACGUAUGGACGUGAUCUAUCAAGAUUUCCACCGUGGUUUUUCUCCACAUCGACGUCAACAUUCUCUCACAAGCUGCAUCUUCAUCUUCUGGAACUGAGCCAAGCCGAAAGAGCUAUCCGCGAUAUCUUCAGCAACGUUUCGGCCGCGGGCGCUCGUCAACCAGCUGGAAAGACGGAUGAGAACGCAGGAAAAUAUCACUGGGACAAGGCAGGCAAGUGGCCAAAUACGAGUGAGGACGUGGUCUUCUUCACGCUGUCGGUCAAGUUCAACAAGGCGCUGGACAAUAAGGGCAAGGACAUGUUCCUGUCGUACCUAGCCCAGCACGAGAAGAUGGUGUCCUAUGGCAGCUCGUACGUGAACCUGAUUUCUGCGAACGUGGGCAGCGUGUAUGCCAAGCUGCCACCUGCCGGCGUGGACCAAGCGUACACCAAGCGGCUGCCCGCGGACGUAGAAUCUGCAUACACCGGCGGAGAGUCGCCGGUGGACGCCAAUCACGUCCCAGGACCGCAGGACAAGUAG